AUGGCGUCAUUCAAUAAUCCCACGCAGAUUUUCGCCGAAGACGUAACGGAGGAGAAAGGUGAAAAUGCUCGCUUGUCCGCAUUUGUGGGUGCGAUCGCAGUAGGCGACCUGGUGAAAAGCACUCUGGGCCCAAAGGGAAUGGACAAAAUUCUUCAAUCAGCUUCUACUGGCGAGAUCAUGGUUACAAACGACGGAGCUACAAUUCUCAAAGCCAUAGCUCUCGACAACGCUGCUGCGAAGGUACUAGUGAAUAUUUCGAAGGUUCAAGAUGAUGAAGUUGGCGAUGGAACCACUUCUGUCACCGUUCUCGCUGCGGAACUUCUACGGGAGGCGGAAAAGCUCGUGGAACGGAAAAUACACCCUCAGACCAUUAUAGAAGGCUACAGGAUUGCGAGCCGCGCGGCCCUCGUAGCCCUGGAGAAAACAGCCGUGAACAACAGCAAAGACCCCGUUGCUUUCCGAAAGGACUUGCACGCGAUCGCCCGCACAACCCUCAGCUCGAAAGUUCUUAGCCAAGACCGAGAUCAUUUCGCAAGUGUAGCCUGCGACGCAGUCCUCAGGCUCAAGGGAUCUACUGAUCUAAGUCACAUCCAAAUUAUCAAGAAGGCUGGGGGGAAGUUAAGUGACUCCUACCUCGACGAGGGAUUCAUCUUGGACAAAAAGAUUGGAGUGAACCAACCCAAGCGACUUGAGAACGCGAAGAUCUUGGUCGCAAAUACUGCUAUGGACACGGAUAAAAUUAAAAUUUUCGGUGCCCGUGUUAAGGUUGACUCAACAGGAAAAUUGGCAGAAUUAGAGAAAGCAGAACGAGAAAAAAUGCGAGCGAAGGUAGAGAAGAUUAAGUCACAUGGAAUCAACUGCUUUGUGAACCGCCAACUCAUAUACAAUUGGCCCGAACAACUUUUUACCGAUGCUGGCAUUGUUUCUAUUGAGCACGCCGACUUCGACGGCAUUGAGCGUCUCGCACUGGUCACUGGAGGAGAGAUCACAUCAACAUUUGACCAUCCAGAUCAAGUGAAGCUAGGCCGGUGCGAUGUCAUCGAGGAAGUUAUCAUCGGCGAGGACACGCUGAUCAAAUUCUCUGGUGUUGCGGCCGGCCAAGCCUGCACCAUUGUCCUCCGGGGAGCUACAGAACAGUUGCUUGACGAAGCUGAACGGUCUCUACACGAUGCUCUUGCCGUCCUCUCUCAGACUGUCCGUGAGCCGAAGGUGACGCUGGGUGGCGGAUGUGCGGAGAUGGUGAUGGCCAAAGCAGUCGAACAAACUGCGCAAAAUACCACGGGGAAAAAACAAAUUGCCGUCGAUGCUUUUGCCCAAGCCCUCAAACAACUCCCAACCAUCCUUGCAAGCAACGCCGGCUUGGACUCGAGCGACCUCGUCACGAGGCUGAGACAAGCCAUCAAUAAUGGUAUGACAAGCUCAGGGCUUGAUCUUCUGACCCCUGGUGGUGGGAUUGCGGACAUGCGGGAUAUGGGUGUUGUAGAGAGCUACAAACUAAAGCGAGCAGUUGUGUCAUCAGCGUCAGAGGCUGCAGAGCUGCUGCUCAGGGUAGAUAACAUCAUCCGUAGUGCCCCACGUAAGCGGGAACGCAUGUAA